AUGCCUUCCAGAGAUUCCACCUUCCAAGGCUCCGACAGCGACAUCGUUGCCACGGGCUUGAUCAAUCACAACACCGGAAUUUUGGUCAAAGACUGCAACGAAGAACUUGACCCAGAGGAGUGGGACGAUUGGAUGCGUUGGGAAGGAACAACAACCGAGCUGCGUCCUGCGUCGAUUGAGAGGAGACAUAGCACAGCGAGUACAAUCUCGUCACUGGAGGAGCCAUGGAUUACGAGCUUGGAGACUUCAGCAAUCGACCCCAUCUUAGCCUCCUAUUCCAAUGCCAACGACUUCCCCUUCGAAGAUGCACAAUUAGAGCUCGACGAGACGCCAUUGACAUCGGCCAGCUCGACAAGCAACAACGAAACUCCCUGGUGCCCACCCGCUGCUGCGUACACACAACAAGAACUUCGGAGAUCAUACCACGGAUUCUCGUCCCUCACCGCUGCCGAAGAACGAAGUCUGCAAGACAUUGCAAUGCCAUACCACGCUCUUUCCAACAUCAACAUUGCGUUCGCGCCCGUAUCGCCCAUGGAGUCCCACGCAUCGGAAUCGGCUUCUCCCUCCCCAGAGCCCGAAGUCCCUACUCGCAAGAACAACAAGCGGAAGUCCAUCGACCUGGGCGAGCUACCGAGCACCCUGAGCCAGUCAAAAAAGAAAGGACACAAUGCCAUCGAGAAGAGAUAUCGAACAAACUUGAAUGCCAAGAUCGAAUGCCUUCGCGAGGGCAUACCAUCUCUGACGGGGCCUGACAACCUUGCAGGCGAAGAAGAGUCCGGCGGCGAAGGAGCUGACAGCAAGUCUGCCGCACAUCCGAAGUACGGAAAAGCAGCCAUCCUCACCAGAGCUCUCGAAUACAUUCAGCAUCUGGAGAGCACCACCCAGCGACUUGGCAGCGAGGUCGAUAGCCUGAAGAUACGCAUUGGAGCAUUUGAGAAGCUGGCCAUGGGUGGAAGCAUGAUCAUGGUUGGAGGUGGCUUGGACGGGCCAGUGUUGACCAAGAGCGAGACACUCGAAAGCAUUCAAUCUGGCUAUCAAGCCGAAAGCGAAGGUGGUCACUGGAUCUACUACUAG